CGCACACACACACACACACACUAGGAGACCGCCCACCGCAAACAGCUAAGACCCCCAUAUAGAUUUAAAGAGAGACUGCACUCCGAUUCUGACGUUCAUUGAAUAGAGCAGUCUGACUAGUGGUGCUCUCUCCUCCACUUGAUAUUGUUGCUCUCUCGCUCGCUCACACACGCACACACAUACACAUACGCUCGUUCGCUCGUUCACUCACUCUACUCACUCACUCACUCACUCACUCACUCACUCACUCACUCACUCACUCACUCACUCUACUCACUCACUCACUCACUCACUCACUCGUAUCCUGAGGAUGUUAAAUCAGAGAAACCAGCCGGGCAUGCUUUUACUCCUGAUCCUGCUGUGCCAGCUCAUGGAAGAUCGCACAGUCCAGGCUGGGAAUUGCUGGCUCCGGCAGGCAAAGAACGGUCGUUGCCAGGUCUUGUACAAAACUAAUCUCAGCAAAGAAGAGUGUUGCAGCACGGGGAGGCUUAGCACUGCGUGGACUGCAGAAGACGUGAAUGACAACACGCUUUUCAAGUGGAUGAUUUUUAACGGGGGCGCCCCGAACUGCAUCCCUUGCAAAGAAACGUGCGAUAACGUGGACUGUGGACCUGGAAAGAAAUGCAAAAUGAACAAGAAGAAUAAACCUCGGUGUAUCUGCGCCCCGGAUUGCUCCAAUAUCACUUGGAAGGGCCCUGUCUGUGGAAUUGAUGGCAAAACCUACAAAAAUGAAUGUGCUCUCCUCAAAGCCAGAUGUAAAGAGCAGCCAGAGCUAGAAGUCCAAUACCAAGGCAAAUGUAAAAAGACCUGUAGGGAUGUUUUAUGUCCAGGCAGUUCCACGUGUGUGGUGGAUCAAAGCAAUAAUGCCUACUGUGUGACAUGUAAUCGGAUUUGUCCAGAGCCUACCUCCUCUGAACAGUAUCUCUGUGGGAAUGAUGGAAUAACUUAUGCUAGUGCCUGUCACCUGAGAAAGGCUACCUGCCUGCUGGGCAAAUCGAUUGGAUUAGCCUACGAGGGAAAAUGUAUCAAAGCAAAAUCCUGUGAAGAGAUCCACUGCAGUGGUGGAAAGAAAUGUUUGUGGGACUCCAAGGUUGGUAGAGGCCGGUGUUCACUCUGUGAUGAGUUGUGUCCUGAGAGUAAAUCUGAUGAGGCUGUCUGUGCCAGUGACAAUGCCACUUAUGCCAAUGAGUGUGCCAUGAAGGAGGCUGCCUGCUCCGCAGGUGUGGUCUUGGAAGUAAAGCACUCAGGAUCUUGCAACUGAAUCUGCCAGUAAAACCUGAGCCAUUGAUUCUUCAGAACUUUCUGCAGUUUUUGACUUCAUAAAUUAUGUCUUAAAAAAAAAAAACCUUAUUGCAUAACAGCAGAUGCCAAAGAGCAUCUCACUGCAAGUCACAUAAAAAUACACCGCUGUAUUAUGGCUGUUUCAGAGGGCUUUGAAAGCGUGCACUGAGCUGCUUCUGCGCUGUUGUUGUCCUUAUUUAAACAACAGCUCCCCUGUAUUCCCCCAUCUAGCCAUUACUGAAGACACGGAAGAGGAGGAGGAAGAUGAAGACCAGGACUACAGCUUUCCUAUAUCAUCAAUUCUAGAGUGGUAAACCAUCAGUGUUGGGAUAGCCCUUAGGCAAAAAAAAAGAAAGAAAGAAAGAAAGAAAGAAAAAAAGAAAAGAAAAAAGAAAAGAAAAAAAGAAAGAAAAAAACUCAGUGUCCAUACUGUAAAUAAGUGUAUGCUUAUUUAUUUUGGGGGGAAAAGUACACAGAAAGGACUUUUGUCCUGCAGCCCUCUCCCAGGCAACCUUCCCACUGACUUGACACAGGAGAGGCCGUCAGUGUGAGGUCUACUGGAUGGGGCUGAUAGUUGAGACUUGUAGACAUUUAUUUAUACUGUGUCAUGUUUUAUAAUUUAUACAUAAAAUGUCUGGUUGACUGUACACCUUGUUUUUGAAGAAAUUUAUUCGUUAAAGGAAAAGCAGUUGUUAUUUAUUGUGAGGUCUCUUGCUUGUAAAGUAAAAAGCUUUUUUUUUCUUGUAAAACAUUUUAAUCCAUUCCUUAGCACUCACUCACCUGUCACCUUUGGUCCACUGCUGUUUAAUUCCCUUUUCACUUUAAUGAACAUGCAUGUCAGUUUCUAUCAUGUUUAUUUAUUGGAUUUUCAGCGGACAGUUCUGUACAUUCAUGAUCCCUGGGGUUUUUGUUUACAAGGAACCUUGACUGACCAAAAGGCAUUAUAACUUGACUCAAAUGGAGAGUACAGUGGUCCCAUCAUAAAGGAAACUCCUGCUUCAGUUCUCUUUCAUUCUACCCAAGAUAGUCUGGGGACACCAGUAUUAGAGUGAAACAGAUAUGUUACUAUACUUUGAAGAUUCACAAAUCCAAAGAUUUAGGGUGAGAAAGAUGACCAAAAGGGAUGUGGGGGUGUCAUGGUAGUGGAGGGGAGAUUAAUAGAUAUAUACCUAUUUUUAGGUGUUUCCUUUCAGCUGGACUGCUGUACCCUUUAAAUUAGUUCUUUUUUCAAACAAUGUGUCAUUAAAAGGUAGAUUAAAGCUUUAUCAGUUCAAGUUUCUGGCUUCUCAUAAUACUUUUUUUCUGAUGCAAUUUUAUAUUUUCAAACAUGGCAAGUUAAAUAUAAAUUCAUUUAAAUAUAUAGUUUUGUACUUUUCUACCAUGUAAAUGUGCAAUGUAUAUAAAAAAUUAUGAUGUGUAUUUGUAAAUAAAUGAUGAGUGAAAAAUUUUUUUAAAAAUGUUUUAAAAAAAUGCCUGAAUUCUUCAGUAUGGAAAGAGAGUAGAUUGGGCUUUGGGUCAGUGAUCCUCAUUAUGUGAUAUGAUAGUUGAUGCAUAAUCUACCAAAAAUAAGCAUACAUGAUGGCAGCAUCUCCAAGGAUUGGUUACUUAUAAACAGUUUUAGUAGAGUUUAAAUGUAAUAAGA